AUGGGUUUAGAUGUGCCUUCUCAUGGUAUCCAGGGAUCCGAACCUAUAGAAUACUGUGGCCAUUUCCAACCCGCCAACGAUACCUUUUUCGAAGAGCUUACGACACCAGAGAAUAUUUUUCCAAGUAUAAGAAGAUGGGAUCUUGCAGCAAUGAACCAACUUCCAUACUACAUGAAACUAUGCUUUCUUUUUCUCCACAAUUCUAUAAAUGAGAUGGCUUUUGAAGCACUUAGAGAUAAAGGAGUUGACGUCAUCAAAUAUCUUAAGAAAGUGUGGGUAGAUUUGUGCAAAGCAUAUAUGCAGGAGGCAAAAUGGUAUUAUAUUGGUUAUAAAGCAACGCUGCAACAAUAUUUGGACAAUGCAUGGAUUUCAAUAUCAGGACCAGUUAUAUUAGUUCAUGGGUAUGUUUUUGCGACAUCUCCAAUUGUAAUGGAUGAUUUGGAGAGCUUGGUGGAAUAUGCUGAUAUAAUCCGUUGGUCGUCAACAAUUCUACGACUCGCUAAUGAUCUAGGAACAUCAUCGGAUGAGCUAGAAAGAGGAGACGUCCCAAAAUCAAUACAAUGCUACAUGAAGGACAAUGAAGUCAUGGAGAAUGAUGCUCGUGAUUAUAUAAGACAUUUAAUAGACGAUGCAUGGAAGAAAUUAAACAAAGUUGAAGCUGAGAAUUGCGUCUUCUCUCAAGUGUUCAUUGAGAUGGCUAAAAAUCUUGCUCGAAUGGCUCAGUGCAUGUAUCAACAUCGAGAUGGACAUGGGCAUGGCAUAGAGCAUCAAGAAACAAAGGAUCGAGUCGUGUCCCUACUUAUUCGACCAGUUCCCAUUCAACAUUAG